AUGGUUUUUGCGUCCGAGCAAGCCAAAGUUUGCUACUGCUAUUCCACGGGCGGCUUCAUCAUGUCACGCCUCGCUGCAAAAAUGAAGAGGAUAGAGAAGGGCACGAACAGCACACGGCUCCACGCCGCUUGGCUGCCCAGCCCGUUGCGCAAUUUGAAAGCUUCGUCUUGGCACCUGCUCUGCGGCACUUGGAAGCUUUACGCUGGGAAGCUCAGAGCAGGCAAGGGAGCCCCAGGCGUGGCCAUGAGCGAAGUUACCUUCAAUGAGAGGUUCCAAACGAUGCAGCGGUGGGUCGACGAGAUUCAACUCCCACACCUUGGCCCAAAAUUUUUGACAGAUGCCUUGCUGGCCGCUGGCGCGCAGCGCGCCCAAAGUACGGCAGAGUGGAUGAUGGAGGCUCGAGCUGCUGUCGCAGACACGGCCUGGCAUUUACCUCAGUGGAGCUGUCCAAAGGCAGCAGUCAGUUCUCAGGGUGUGGUGGCCUUCCUGUCCGCGGAGCUGCAGGUAGGUGCUCGACGAGUGACCGAUCCCGGCACAGUCUAUCAAGCAGAUGAUGCGCCGGGACUUGUCUUGGUGCGCCAGGGAUGGGGGCCUGAAGAGAGCGCGGCCCUUUCGCGCGGCCCUUUCGUGCGAGAUUCAGCGGAAGUGACCCUACAUGAGAUUGACACCACCAAGUCAUUUCCCAGACCGUACAUCAAUUUAGCAGAAGUCAAACGAGUAGUCGAGGUUUGCUCGGGAGCAGGUUUCCUGGGAGUAGGCCUAGAGCACAGUGGGUUCGAUGUCAUUUUGCGGUGUGACCACAACCCAAAGAUGUUGAAACUUGCCAAAGAUUUGCACAACUCGGAAGUUGCACUAGGUACUUUGGCCAGUGGGGUAGCUUGCCAGCCCUAUUCACGCCUAGGAUCAGUUCCAUGGGUACCAAUGCCCAUUUCCACUGCCAUGCCGAUUGUUGCAGACGUGUUGGACCAAUUUCAUGCCUGUACAGAGAGUGAGAUGCAGCAACUUGCACUGGAUUUGUACGAGUUGGGAAGGAAACAGAGACCGCCCAUGCUGGUGAUCGAGGAGGAGCUGACUCCAAGAGGCGAUUGUCCACAUGGCCACCACCAAGUCCUGUCAAAGGUGAAUCCAGGCGAUGACAAAAUGCCUCACCAUCCUCGAGUUGACCUCAAAGAUGGAGACAAGCCCACCGCCCCUGCCGCAGCUCGGACGAGCCCAUAUGGAAGGGCACUUGACUCAAAGAUGCGAGAGAGUGAGCAAGCGACUGACAGUUUGGCUGCACGAGAGUCCCACCUUGAUCGAGUGUCCAAGAUCCAUCCAGGCGAUGACAAAAUGCCUCACCAUCCUCGAGGUGACCUCAAUGAUGGAGACAAGCCAAUCGAACCGAAGGCCAGUGCUUUGCCAUCCCUUCCCCCCCAUGCAACGCCUCUUCCACGUUUAGGGUGUGGAGGCCCCUCCCAUGAGAACCAGACUGUCGCAGCUCGGAUGAGUCCAUAUGGAAGAGCACUUGACACAAAGAUGCCAGAGAGUGAACAAGCGACUGACAUUUUGGCUGCACGAGAGUCCCACCUUGAUCUCGUGUCCAAGAGCGGCUUGCACAGACAAUGUCAUCAUGAGACGGACGCAAUCCUGAUCAACCCUCCCACCCCAUGCCAGGCAAUGCCUCUUCCACGCUUAGGGUGUGGAGGCCCCCCCCAAAUGAGCAAUGGUGAACAUGGGAAGGUCCUGAUCAAUGGAAUUCACUCCGAACCUCCAAUGAAGCCACCAGCUCCAGCAUUCCAAAUGCCUUCAGAGAAGCAACAGACCAGUGUCCCCGAAAGUUCGAAGUUGACUGCAGUUGACCAAAGCCCCAAAGUAUGCCCCACUCUUAUGAGUGGUGUACCGACAUGGCCGUGCCCAGAGGCCCCGCAUUCGAUGCAUCCGAAACCAUCCACGCAUAAUGCAGAGAUGCCAAUGCCAAACUUCCUCAACACCAUGGGGAACUUUCCGGGGUACCUAGCCACCAAAACAGGCCGGGGAGAAGUUUCAACACAUGCAAGCCACGCAAGUGACAAUGUACAAAAGCCCGACUCCGGAAGUGAGGCCAAAGACCAGCCUCUAGCGGACCAGCAAGAUGAAAGCAAUGAUCAUCAUCCUGAUGCAGGUCACCCACCCAAUCCCCCCCAUGCCAUGCCCCUUCCACGCUUAGGGUGUGGGGGCCCCACCCAUGAGGGCAUACCCCCAUGUGAAAGCCUUGCCGGCGAGGUUGAACCAGUCGCAGAAGACAUGAAACAAAGUGAUCCACAUGAGACCAUGCAAAUCUUUGUGCUACAUGAAGAUGCCAAAUACCCAAUCCCAUGCCGAGUUCCGAUUGAUGCAACACCAGGCACACUCACAGUAGCUGAAGCCCGAUUGCAGACCAUGUCAUUGCCGAUUGCACCCAGGUCCAUUGUGGGUACGCACUUGCCUCUUGACCAAAUGCUUCACUCAGAACAAUAUGUGGUGCUUCAUGAAAGCCUCCCGAAAAGCAGCAGGUGCCCUUUCUUAGACACCAAGUACUCCACGCCACCGGCCAAAAUGCACCUUGGGUUGCCAUGCACACGCAUUGAAGCUCUCUGGCGACAAAAAGCCUGGGUAGCAGCUGACGAGAUGGCCUACUACCUUGAAGCCACACAAUACGGAGACCAAGCAAAUCCAUUUCCACCUGCCAACUUUCAGGACGAAGCAGAUGCCUUGGAGACCGCAAUGGACUGGUUAGCCAUAGGCAUGGAGGCACAUGACACAGACAAACCAUGGUGUUCAGCUGCCAUCAUAGCUUCACAUUGGGUACCAGUGAUCAUUGAACAUCAUGAUCAAACCAUCAAGCUCAUCACGACCCCUGAAGGAUCAUGCCUGCUUGAACCAGCCAACCUUCUAACGCAUGCUGCAGGCAAGACACUUGAGGUGACCCAACGUAUCCUGCCGACCACUUUUGCUGGUGAUUGUGGUUUCCAAUCCAUUGCAUGGAUGAUUGCCAUCCUCAACGACCACCAAGUUGAAGCCAUGUCAGCCACCAGAGCAUCUCAAUGGAGACACUUGUUCGUGCGAGAACUCUGCAAGCGAGGCACAAGUUUUGAGACCAUCCAUCACCUCAAUAUUGGUGGUAGCAAAUUGGAUGCCCGCGAGAUGCAACAACUGUCCGAGAUCCUGAUGCAACAUGGAGUUUGGCCAGAACGAGCAAUGGACAGAGCCAAUGCUUUGGCUAGUGCAGUCCCUGCCCCCAGCAUCCGCAACAUCUUCAAUUCCAACCGACCAUGGCAAGACCUGAAAGCAGCUGCCAAUUUGGUAAAGCCACAGUUCAAACUGAUCAUGCCUGAUGAACUCAAUGCACAGAUAGCACACCGUACCAACCAACGCAAGUACGGAAAGAAAUCCCAAGCCAAAAGGAAUGAUGCCAACAAAGAUCAUAUCACAGUGAAAGCCGCAGAAUUGGUCGUGCCCCAUGGAGUGUUCAAACAACAGGAUAACACCAUCCUUGGCCCAAUGCAGGUCGGAGAUGUUGGACCAAAUGCCAAAGGAGUUCUGUUGGUAGACCAAGAAGAUUGCCAUGCCACUCUCCGCUUACCCACGCCUGUCACACAAGCCGGCCUAGCAGUCAUCGUCUUGGCCACCAAGCAGAACACAGACCAACACCAAAUGGAGCCGAUCAGAUUUCCCGCCAUGUGCGUAUCAACACAAGAGCCAUUGAUAGCAUCCGGGUACUUGUACCAAUUGGGGUCUCAGCCGGUAGUCAGACAUGAGCCAACCGUCAAGCUUGCCAUCGAAGAACAAGACACUGAAGCCAUGCGCUGCCUCAUCUUCAAAGACCAGGCUGGGAAACUUUGGGACCAGAUACAGCAGCACCCAGUCAAGCAUAUCUUUGCCACCGAACCCCUGUUGGCAGUGGUAGACAAUGUGUCACCUGUCAUUGACGUAUGGGACCGCCAGUGGGUAUCCAAGAAGUUUGAGAAAGUUCGCCCGGCCAGUGCAGAAAUUUUUGCAUUCUCUUUCCGCAUGUUGGCUGACAAAAGCGAGUUGCUGCUGACAAAGAGUGGUCAAAACGGAAUCUACUGGGAGCCCAGAGCACCCUGUGGCAGAUUUCCCAACGAUGGGUACCAUGUGACUUGGCUCAGCAACAUGACUUUCCAGGAUGCAAAGUAUGCCCAACAGACCUCCCCUCAAGCAACUACCUUAGCCCGACAUGGCGACAGGUAUGGACUCCGCAGUGAUGUGAUGAAUGCCCAGGAGAUUCAUGAUAAACAUCAACCCAAUACACCCCUGCUGAUGGGCCAGUCAAAGAUGCUCUACGCUGUAGGACAAGCAAAGCCAUUGCAGCCAAAGGGCAGAGCUCAAGAUGGAAGUGGGGUCACUUGGCACAUCCAGGCCACCGAAGAUCCUGGACAUUGGGUGUACUCCCUGCAACAUGGAGACGUCCUAGUCACCAAAAUCCAGGACACCAAGCCGCCUGCAGUGCCGAUGCCGUACUCAAUCGUGGCCUCCAAGAAAACGAUUGAACAUUUCCAGGGACCGGACCCCUGGGCACACUAUGAUCCUUGGCGCAAAGACGGCCAGCAGCAAUCCAUCCAUGCAGCCAAACCUACCAAUGCAGCACAGCCCAGCCAGCCAGUGACCCAAGCACAGCUGGCAGCCUGGGAAGCCAACAUGGAGAAGAAGAUCCAGGCCAUCGCAAAGAAUGCAGACGGAGAUGCCAACAUGGAACCAUCCCAAGUCGAGUCUCGCAUCACUGAGCUUGAGAGCAAAGUCAACCAAGUCCAGCAUAUGCAAGCAGGCAUGGACAGCAAAGUGAACAUGCUGCAGGCUCAGAUCGAUCAUCAGAGCAAGCUGCUUGGAGACAGAAUUGAUGAAAAGAUGUCUGAACAAAUGGAUCGCAUAGAGCAGCUGCUAUGCAAGCGAUCCCGUUUUGAGUGCCAAAACACCAGGACCAGUGAUUGGAAACAUGAACCCUACGGGAUUGAUGGGGAAGGCUUCCGAGAUAGCCUUUUGCUCGACGGCCUAACCAGCCGAAUCGUUGAAGGCGCCCAUGGCCUUCGUGUAGUGACAGGGGAUUGGAAUCAGGUAUUCCUUACCGAUCUCGAUCGGCCACCCAUGACGCCAAUGUGGCGAAAGCCAAAGCCAAUCCAAUGGCCAGAUAAAACUACGCAGCAAAUCCAAUGGGACAAGCACGCAAUACCAUGCGAAGACACUGAUGAGUGGUACCGCAGAAUCUGGCAAAAUGUAGAGCAGUAUGCCACAGCCUUGCAACAGGCCAAUGACCAACCACCCCUUGCCAACAGCCAAAAAGGCAGGGGAGCAACAACAGAAGUGCAGUGGAUGCAAGAACAUUCAGCACCCAUCAAGCCCAACCGCAGAGGUGAUGUUCAAAGUGCAUUGUCGACGAGCUCGUUGCAAUAUAGCAGAUGGACCAAGCAGAUAAGGCGCCUCCAACACUACUCAAGGUGCGCUAGCUCAGAAAGCUCCACCACCAUCAUGGAACAUAGAGCAAACCUGUGGAACAAAAUCCUCCAUGCUGUAGGUUUUGAAGGUACUUUUUGCAAUUGGUGGGUCAAGAUGCCUAAAGCUUUCCUUGCGUCACCAGUGUUUCUGCCGUUCCAACCUCCUGGAUAUGACGUUGCUAAUGCAGUCUUCCUUGAGUUCAGCAGACACUACAAAGCUUUGGAGACUAACCUUUCCAGGGCCAAGUAUGCCCAUGCAUGCCACAGAAGAGCCAAAGACCCCUUGCAGAUUUACCGAGACCUCCAGCGUGAACGUGCUGAACCUGUCCAAACCUUGGUUGUGACGGAUCACAUUGAAGUACUUGCAGCCCAGGCACAUGAUGAAGAAACUGCCGAGCUCACCCUGGCCAAGCCGUUGCCAGAAAACAUGCACAGCAUCACCAUUGAUGGAGUCAACACUGCAGUUAACAUCCAGGACCCCCAGCGCAUCUUGGUCCCUUCAGCCAGCAUAGGGACAUGCCAAAAGGGUUUGAAAAUUCAGAAAGUUGAAGCCGAUGUCAACUCCAUCCUUCAUGCCUUUGAAGAUGAGUGGGCGCCACGAUGGCACAAACCAGAACAUGAAAACCCAGAACAAUGGGAUGCCAUAGUAGGAUUCAUGAAGCAAGCCAUGCCGCCGAGAUCUGUAGAAUUCCCACCCAUCACAACAAAAGCACUUACCAAGGUGGUAACCUCCAAGCGUAAGUUUGCAGCCAUAGGACCAGAUGGAGUAUCCAAACUUGACAUCCUACGUAUGCCUGCCGCAGCCCUGUCGGAUCUUGUCUCCCUCAUCGAGUGCAUCGAGGCGGGUUCACAUUGGCCAUCUCAGGUUGUCACCGGCUUGGUGGCUGCCUUAGCAAAAACCCCAACAGCCCAAACAGUUGGCCAAUACAGACCGAUAUGCAUCUUUUCCAUGGUUUACCGUGCCUGGAGUUCGAUCCGAGCCCGGCAGUGCUUGCGAUACCUCAUGGACCUUGUGCCAAACUCCUUGAUGGGGAAUAUCCCUGGCAGAUGCCCCCAAAAGAUUUGGUACCAUAUCCAACAGCUCAUUGAACACUCAUACUGCCAUUCUUCCGAACAAGCAGGGGGGGUAGUUGACAUAGUCAAAUGUUUCAAUGCACUGCCGAGGCAUCCACUUGUCGAAAUAGCUAAGCACUUGGGGCUGCCCGACCAAGUCAUGCGACCAUGGCAACAAGCCCUGCAACAAAUGACGCGCAGAUUCCAGGUUAGAGGUGCAGUAGGUCGACCUUUGCUCAGCAACCGAGGCUUUCCUGAAGGGUGUGCAUUGUCAGUAGUUAGCAUGGUGGUAGCCAACAUCACAGCUGAACUUUGGAUGCACUUCCGAUACCCAUCGGUGCGCCUAUGGUCUUUUGUUGACAACAUAGAAGCUACGACAGACUCAGCGGAAACUGCCAUCACAGCUUUGCAAGCACUUGGAGAAUUUUGUGAUUUGAUGGACCUGAGCAUUGACCCAUGCAAAACGUACGCCUGGAGCACUUCCUCCACCGGACGCAAGACAAUUGUGGACAGCCAGUUCCACAAAAAGCUCUAUGCCCGAGAUCUCGGAGGCCAUAUGUGUUACUCCAGGCUUCGAACCAACAUGACCAUCCAGGAUAAAAUCAAAGAAUUCUCCCCGUUUUGGUUUCGUUUAGCAAGAUCGUUAGCGCCAAUCAAGCAAAAAGAGCGUGCACUCUAUGUUUCAGCUUGGCCAAACAUCUUUUAUGGUAUCAGUACCAUCACCUUGGGAAGCAACCACUACCAACGCCUGAGGUCACAGUGUGCCAAAGCCUUGCACUGCAACCAGACAGGUGCCAAUCCUGAUCUCCAACUUGCAUGCAUUAGCAUACCCACAGCUGACCCAGAACUUUUUGCAGUGCUAUCCACGGUGAUGGCCUUCCGAAACCAUGGAGACACAGACCUGGCCCAGUUCACCCUGCAGCACUUGACAGAAGGGGGCAAUACGUCCCAAGGACCCUGCACCAGUUUUCUUGCGGCCAUCCACAAACUUGCAUGGAGCUGGUCCCACGGAGAUGUUUGUUAUGACCAGCAUGGAGAAACCAUCCGAAUCCAAGCCAGCCCUGCCACAGAAAUCAGACAAAGAGUGAUCCUUGCAUGGCAACAGAGAGUUUUACAAACCACCGAAGCCAUCAGAUCCACUAUGACAGGACUUGCCUUUUCAGAUGUUAGGCUCACAGUCAAGGUAUACAAAAGCCUUCCUGAUGACCAACAAGGUCUCAUGAGAUGCGCCUUGAAUGGAACGCAAUAUACCAAUGAUGCUUUAUGCCAUGCUGGCGUCACAGACACCGAUGCCUGCAGAUUCUGUCAGCAGCAAGACAGUUUGUACCACAGAACAUGGCAAUGCCAAUUCUUCCAAGAUUUGCGUGAUGCCUUGCCAGAUUUGCCUGACCCAGCCAAAGUGCCAUCAUGUACUGCAUGCCAUGGAUGGCUGCCACAGUCACCAGACCUACACAAGUUAAGAGCCUUGUUCAUGCGUUUCCCUGACACCACUGCCAAUUUUGCUCAACAUGAAAUGCCGUACAACCCUCCUUUCCUUGAUCUGUUUCUAGACGGAAGCUGUGUGCAUCCAGCGGAGCCGGACAUCAGGAUAUCCAGUUGGGCAUUUGUUUGUUGGGAUGGAGAGUCUUUUCCUUGCAUUGCCAGCGGCUUGGUACCAGGUGUAGAUAAAGGAAUACUGGCUCUUGCGAAAGCGGAGGCACAAGAUUUUCCAAAGCACUUGCAAGUGGAAGAAACCUACCAUGUGCUGCAGAUGCAUCGUUGUCUUGUGAUUUCUCAUUUUGAAGAUCCAUCGAUGUUCAAGUCGUCUCCCUUUGCAUCUCGCGGCAUCGCCAUGGGAUCCCCUCCAUCGGUGGGCAAAACCAGCUCGGUGGCCACUUACUUUUACAUUGGCUGGGGAAACUCAGCGGGACUGGGACUCACUGGGACUCACUGGAGCUGGUGGACAUUGGUGGACAUUGGCUUUUCUGUGAUUCUGGGUAGAAAUUGA